AAUAAAACUUGGUUUCUAAUGACGGUUCGCUGUUCAUUCGUUUGUUUUUGUUUUGAUUUGCGAAGAAAUGGUUUUCCGUCAUGUUGAUGAAUUGUGUAAAUAACAUUUAUCUUAAAUGAUUUUUAUCUUAAAAGAAAACUGAUAUAAAUUGUUCACUAAAGAAAGAUUCAAAUUUGCCUGUUGAAAGUUUAUGAUCCUUUUGCCUCUUAACAAAUCCCGAUUAAAAUGAACUCAAAAACAAGAGUGAUGUUGUUAAGCUGUGGUUCCUUCAACCCGAUUACACAUAUGCAUUUAAGGAUUUUCGAGCUAGCAAGAGAUUUCUUAAAUAGUACUGGUCGUUUUCAUGUUGUCGGAGGCAUUAUGUCACCUGUCAAUGAUGGUUACAAGAAAAAGGACCUCAUAUCAGCAACACACAGGUGUAAGAUGGUUGACUUAGCUCUGCAGUCUAGUGAUUGGAUCAAGCUAGAUUCGUGGGAGAGUGCUCAAGAUGAUUGGACACCUACAGCAAGAGUAAUGGAACACCAUCAGACCAUUUUAAACAAAAUCACCAACUCUAAUAAUACAUCAGAAUCUGUUGCGAAAAGACAAAAGCUAGAUGUCAAUAACUUAAAUUCUAUUAAUAACAAUGAUUUUAAUAACACCUGGGACUUAAGCCAACCUGUACGUAUAAUGUUGCUGUGUGGUGGCGAUAUGCUUGAAUCAUUUGCUGUACCAGAUUUGUGGGAACAAUCAGAUAUUGAGAAAAUUGUAGGAAAACAUGGUCUUGUUGUGAUAACUAGGAGCGGUUCUAACCCUGAACGCUUCAUAUAUGAAUCUGAUACAUUAACCACUUUUCGAAAUAACAUACACAUAGUUACUGAAUGGAUUCCUAAUGAAAUAAGUUCCACACAUAUCAGACGAGCUCUUCGAAGGGGAUGUAGUGUAAAAUACUUAAUACCAGACUCUGUUCUCAAAUACAUUAAAGAGCAUGAAUUAUUUUCUUCUAUUAAUAAGUAUCAUGUUUCUUUUCAUGUGAAUGAUUCAAAUUAUGAGUACAUAAAAGGUUUAUGUGAUGAUAUGAUUCUGGAACCUGAACAGGAAACUGCUGUUUGAAAUACUAAAAUAACAUGAUAGCAACUCCUGCUUAAUAGAUAUCCUGAAAACUACAUAUUGCUGUUCUAAAUGUUCCUACAUUGUUGAAGAUGGCCAUAUAACUGUGCAAUUCUAAUUAUGUAUCAUUGUUUUAAAAUAUUUAUAUUUAUAACGUUGUGUAUAAAUGUUUUUAAUUGGAUUUGAAAAAAAAUAUUAAUUUAAAUACUGUUUUGUUUUGAUUUUAAGAAAUGGUGCUGUCUGAUCAACUUCAAACUAAAACAGUUGUUAGUUUUAGCAUUUUAUAGGAAUGAUUUUUAUUCCAUUUAGAUUUUUAUGAGCAAAAUUAGCAAGGACUUGCAUCUGACAUUUUUGUUAUGACAAUAAUUUGCUUUUAUUUGUUGAUUUUAUUUAAAAUAUAUCAUUUUAAUUACUGUGAUAUGAUGUUAAUUCUGUAAUGGCAGAUUUUUUUGUUAGUGUAAUUGCUAUUUAUUUAUCUACUUUGCUGCUUUAAGUGUGUAUUGUUGACAUGAAUAAAAAUGAAUCUAUUUGAAA